AUGAGGUACUUUGUCGGCCUGGUUUCCCUUGCUACAGCCGCUGGGGCUCAGCAAACCCUUUGGGGCCAAUGUGGUGGUAUUGGUUGGACGGGGGCGACGACAUGUGUGUCCGGAGCCGUUUGCCAGUACUCCAAUGACUACUACUCGCAAUGCGUUCCAGGGACCGCCUCAACGACAGCCCGCACUAGCACUACAGCCCGACCGACAACAACUUCCCGAUCGACCACAAUAACCACAAAGACCAGCAGCACUUCCACUACGGUGCCUGUUGCCACUGGUAUCGCAAAGACGGAUGGAACACUGUUCAACAUCGACGGCGUUACUAAGUACUAUCCAGGAACCAACUCCUACUGGAUAUCCUUCUUGACAAACAAUGCCGACGUGGACUCGACGCUGGACGACUUGGUUGACUCGGGACUUAAGAUUCUCCGGAUCUGGGGGUUCAACGACGUCAACACGAAGCCAAGUUCUGGCACUGUCUACUUUCAAUAUUUGUCCGCAAGUGGCUCGACCAUCAACACGGGAGCCGACGGCCUACAGCGUCUGGACUACAUUGUCUCCGCUGCCGAGGCGAGAGGCAUCAAACUAAUAAUUAACUUUGUCAACCAAUGGGAUGACUACGGUGGUAUCCAGGCCUACGUCAAUGCUUUCGGUGGCAGCAAGACUUCGUGGUACACGGACUCGGCUUCCCAGACUCAAUACCGGGCCUACAUCAAGGCUGUUGUUUCCCGCUUCCUGAAGUCGCCUGCCAUUCUGGCCUGGGAGCUGGCCAACGAGCCACGCUGCAACGGCUGUUCAACCAGCGUCCUGUAUAACUGGGCAAAGAGCACAUCUGCAUAUAUCAAAAGCCUCGACCCCAACCACUUGGUCACCAUGGGCGAUGAGGGAUUUGGCUUGCCUGGUGAUGGCUCAUACCCCUAUACAUACGCAGAAGGUGGCGACUUCGUUGAAACCUUGAAUAUUACGACGCUGGAUUUCGCUACUUUCCAUCUCUAUCCCAACUCCUGGGGCCAGUCGUACGACUGGGGUAAUGCAUGGGUUUCCGCUCAUGGGGCCGCUUGUGCCGCGGCUGGCAAGCCUUGCUUGUUUGAAGAGUAUGGUGCGCCUUCGGAUCAUUGCAACAUUGAAUCUCCCUGGCAGAAGACAGCCCUUGCGACGGACGGCAUCGCUGGAGAUCUCUUUUGGCAGCUCGGCGUUACCUUGAGCUGGGGCAAGACGCAUGAUGACGGAAACACAAUCUUUACAGGGACGUCGGACUGGCAAUGUCUGGUCACCGAUCACGUUGCCGCCAUAAACUCGCAAUCAUAA